AUGCGUGGCGUUUGGGAUGAUCGCGAUCCUGCUGGUGGGCUCGCACCAGCCGCCGUCCCGGGGGACAGAGAUUCAUGGGGGAACGAAGUUGACGAAGGCAAAAGGAUGACCGCACAAGCCGUCAACAAGAUGACGCCUCGCAGUUCUCGACUGCGGCUACAAGAGCAAGAAUGCGGCCCACACGAUACGCUAAAGCGUAUCAGAGAUAGCUGGUCUAAAAAGCUUUCCAUCGGCCCAGCUGAGAGUAAGGACAGGUCAUUAGACACACUAAUAUUCGUCAAUCGAGAAAGCAACGCAAAAGCCAAGCUCGUCUUACAAGUUCAUGUACCAAGGACAGCACACUCAUUUUCUAUUCGGUCCACAGCUGGCGGCCGAUGGUGUAUGUGUCUCCACGACCACGCAGAGCAACCAGACUUCCUUGAGCAGCCCCCGGAGUCUCGGGUGGGCGCCUGCGUGUGCAUGGUGUGUGGCGUAUGUAUAUAUAUAUCCUCAGAAGCUUGGCUUUGCAUUAGCUCUAUGGCUUCAAUGCAACUUCUCUGCCUUGCACUCCUCGUAGCAGCAGCUUGUUCUGCGUCUGCUCCCGAUUCUCUUCACAGCUAUGCUCGAUCUUGUCCGAGCGCUGAACAGAUAGUCGCGGCCACUGUCAAGAGUGCAGCUGACUGGGAUCCAACAGCACCAGCCGGGAUUAUCCGCUUGUUCUUCCAUGACUGCUUUGUCCAGGGGUGCGAUGGAUCGAUACUUUUGGAAUCCACUCCUACUGAUGGCAGAGAUGUCGAGAUGUUCGCGCUCGGGAACAACAACUCUGCUCGUGGUUUCGAUAUUAUCGAGGCCGCAAAAACUCGCCUGGAGGCUGUGUGCCCGGGAGUUGUGAGCUGUGCGGAUGUGCUCGCUUUUGCUGCCAGGGACGCGACGACUUACUUUGGAGGGAUGUUCUACACGGUGCCAACGGGUCGCCUUGACGGACGAAUCUCUAGCAGAACAGAAGCCAACAGCUUACCGGGUCCCGCUUCCUCGUUCAGUCGGCUGAGAGACAUCUUCAGGGGCAAAGGCUUGUCAGUUCAUGACCUCGUGCUGCUCUCCGGCGGACACACCAUUGGUCGCGCGAAGUGUAGAUUCGUCGAGACUCGUGUUUACAACUUUAACAACACCGGACGUCCCGACCCAAGCCUGGACGCUACGUACCGUGAGGAGCUCCGGCGGAUUUGCCCGCAGGGAGCAAACCCGAGCCCGACGGUGGCGCUGGACAGGAACUCGGAGUUUAGCUUCGACAAUGCUUACUACAGGAACCUCGAGGCCAACAGGGGGCUGCUUUCGUCGGACGCGGUGCUCCGAACCGACCCGGACGCUGCCAAUCUCAUCAACUCGCUCGCUCAGAACCCGCCAACGUUCCGCUCCAUGUUCGCGCAGUCGAUGAUCAACAUGGGAAACAUCGAGUGGAAGACGAGAGCCAACGGGGAGAUAAGGAAGAAGUGCUCGGUCGUGAACUCCAGGAUCACCACCGAAGUGGGAGACGUUGCGUCCUUCUAGGAUAUCAACAAGGGUGGAAGGUUUGUCUUCCAAAACCUUGGAAUUGGAAGAGCGCUGAUAAAAUAAAUCGACGUGUCAUUGA